AUGCCUGAUUGGAUGAAGCGGUCACAGUCAAGUGACCCAUUGCCAACCAGUCAGGAUUCAAAAUUUCCAAAUAGCGUUAAGCUUGCUGCAUUAGAGAGGCAAGUGUUCGACUUCCUGGGCUACCAGUGGGCCCCUAUCCUAGCCAACUUCCUCCACAUCAUCAUCGUUAUCCUUGGCCUCUUUGGCACCAUUCAAUAUAGACCUCGCUACAUAGUGGUGUAUGCCAUCUGGACUGCAAUUUGGGUCACCUGGAACAUCUUCAUCAUCUGCUUUUACUUAGAAGUGGGAGGGCUCUCCAAGGACAGUGAACUCCUGACAUUCAACAUCUCCCGGCACCAGUCAUGGUGGAGUGAAAACGGUCCUGGCUGUGUGAGGAAGGAGGCUUCGAUGCCUGGCAUCAAAGGGCUGGACAGCCAUUCCUACAUCUCUGUGAUAGGCUGUGCCCUGGAGUAUCGGUACAUCGAGGUCAUGCACAGCUCCUUCCAGAUCCUGAUCGCGCUGGUGGGCUUUGUCUACGCCUGUUACGUUGUUAGUGUUUUUACAGAAGAAGAAGACAGCUUUGAUUUCAUUGGUGGAUUUGAUCCAUUUCCUCUCUACCAUGUCAAUGAAAAACCCACCAACCUUUUGUUCAAGCAGACAUACCUGUUGAUUUCUCCAGCAGGCUUUUCAGACAUGGAAGGAAUGAACAAGUAG